GAGAUGGAGGAAUCUAAUUGAUGAGGGCGAGGGGAGGAGAGCACAAGGGAACCUGGGAUUGCGGGGAGGAGGAAGAGGAGAGGGUUUCCUCCAAGGCCUUGAGGUGCGCCUCGUCGCCGACCACCGCCUUCACCAUCUUCCUCCUAUCCUAUCGAAUUCGAAUCCGCCGCGGCGGCGAUGGGGGCUCCGCUCCUGCCCUGCUACCGCGGCUCUGGCGCUGCUUACGUAAACUGCGCUUUCCGCUUUUCAGGAAGCACUGCGGAAAAGGCUGUUCUUUUCGGGAGGACGCGGGCAGCAGCAAGCCGACCGACCCCCAAGCCCCGCCCCCGCCCCCGCCCCCGCCGUCGCUUUCCUUUCCCCUCGCCACCACCGACACUGACACCAAACACCACAAGGGAAGCGGAAGCCCCCUCUCCCGAGCAUCAACAGAGGAGAGCAGUGCCACCUGCAUGGCAUUGGGAGGCCCCCUCGGCGCUAUCAUUGGUCGCUACCCCUCCGCCGCCGCCGCCGCCACCGGAGAUGAACAAGACCCCGGACGCGGCAUCAUUCGCCACGACCGCAAGUGCCGGGACAUUCCCUUCCUCCUCCUCUUCGCCGCCUUCUGGGUCGCCAUGAUUGUCAACUCCAGCUUCGGAUUCAACCAGGGCAAUCCCCUCAGGCUGACAUAUGGACUGGACUACAAAGGGAACAUAUGUGGCAGCAGGCAUGGUGAUCCAGAUUUGCGUGAACUGGAUGUUCUUUAUUGGAUGAACCCCAACCAGGUCUACCAAAGUGGGCUCAAAAGCAAUCAAAUCAACCUAGCUGACACUAAGGCUGUCUGCCUGAUGGAAUGCCCACUUCCCGCGGAAGAUGGUUUGAAUUUUGUUUGUGAUUAUCCAGAAGGUGACAUACGCCUCUCUGUUGAUGAUUGGAUUGACAGGGACUAUGAUUACUUCGAGUAUCUCACACCAGGUAUGAGGAAUAGUUCUCUUCAGUUGCAGGGUCCAUGUUACCCUGUCAUAUUUCCAAGUGUAAAUGUCUACUGGAGCUGCCAGUUUAUUGCACGGGCAUCCAAUGUCUCUUUGAAGCAUUGGCAGCAGAUGGGUGGUGUCAACAUCGAUGAAAACAUGCUAAUAGACAAAACAAUUCACAAUGCAAUCAACAGCAAAUCCGCCGUCUUGAAGAGAUAUGUUGCAGAUAUUAGGAAGUCCUGGCCUGUGUUAAUCGUUUGUGGGGGAUUACUCCCUCUGUUCCUAUCGGUGAUCUGGUUACUGAUGAUUCGCUAUUUUGUUGCUGGGAUGCCAUGGAUAACGGUGAUUGUCUUCAAUGUCCUUGUAAUAUCUGUUACAAUGUUCUUCUAUUUAAAAGCUGGUUGGAUUGGCCAUGACCCUUUAACUGUUGUAAUCGGUGAAAGUGAUCCAUAUGUCAGCGUAGGCGGACGGGAAAUAUAUCACCUUCGUGUUGCUGCCAUGUUGAUGACAGCAAUAAUGGCAAUUGCUUUCGUGACUUCAAUAGCUAUUGCUCGGCGUAUACUGAGAGCGACAUCCGUCCUGAAGGUUGCUGCCAAGGUGACUGGUGAAGUCCAGGCACUAAUUAUUUUUCCGACUGUGCCAUACUUCAUCCUCGCUAUCUUCUACAUGUUCUGGUUUUCAGCGACACUUCAUCUUUUCAGUGCCGGUCAAGUUUUACAAAACGAUUGCAAUACCGAUUGUUGUUCCUAUGAUCUCAAGCUGGGCAAAGUAAACUGUGAUAGCUGUUGUGGGUACAGUAUUCAUUACACCCCACAUAUUGGCAUUGCCAUUCUUUUCCAUUUCUUUGGGUGUUACUGGGCAACCCAGUUUUUCAUUGCAUCCUCGUCAACUAUAAUUGCUGGAUCAGUGGCUUCGUACUACUGGGCACAUGGUGAAUUAUCGCGUGAUAUCCCUUUUCGUACUGUGGUCUCUUCCUUGAAGCGCUUAUUGCGCUACAGUCUUGGAUCUGUAGCUCUAGGCUCACUGAUUGUAUCUGUCGUAGAGUGGGUGCGGUUUAUACUUGAGUUACUUCGCCGUAGGCUGAAAUUUGUUGAUUCGACCCCUGAAAGCUGCUUUGGGAAGACAGUGUCAUCCUCAUCUCAGUGCUGCUUGGGCUGCAUAGAUUGGACUAUCAAAUCAGUGAAUCAGAAUGCUUACAUCAUGAUUGCUAUUACAGGGAAAGGAUUCUGCAAGGCUUCUGUGCUCGCAACUGGCUUAAUAAUGAACAACAUAUUGCGCAUUGGAAAAGUUAAUGUGAUCGGGGAUUACAUCCUCAUCAUGGGAAAGCUGUGUGUUAGCCUGUUCUGUGCACUGUUUGCUUUCCUUAUGUUGGACAAGCACCAGUACAGAUCUGCUCACAACAAGAUAUCAUCCCCGCUGGUCCCCGUGCUGUUAUCGUGGGCGCUUGGUUAUAUAGUGGCAAAGCUUUUCUUUGGAGUGGUGGAGAUGUCGAUCGACACCAUAAUCUUGUCAUUCUGCCAGGAUGCGGAAGAGCAUCAGGGGAAUGCGCAGUAUGCGCCUCCUCUCCUGAUGGAAACACUGGAUGACGAAAGCGAGCUGCAAAGACUAACGCAGGGGCCAUGAGGCAUCUUUUUUUGGUUUUCUUAUGAAUAGAGUUAGAGCUAAAAUUGAAUGCAGCAUGCAACUAAGGUGUUUGUGUUUGUUUGACUCACCUGUAAUGGAUCGGAUUGGAUUGGAUGGAUUAGUAAGUUAGUAUGUAUGUACAGCGUCAUGGAAUGGGAAUGGCUCAGUGAGUGA